CGCUGGACUUUGCCCCGGGAGCCGUGGUGGUGGGGAGGGCUGCGUCCCUCGGGAGGACCGUGCCCAGCCGGCGGCACCGUGGCUGUGACCGGACGGGCUCCCUGUGGCCAAGCCGUACCAGUACCUCCACCGUGGGGCACGAAGCGGUGCCGCAGCCCCCCGCGCAGCCGUGCUGGCCUCGGGUGCCUGUCCCGCCAUGCCGCCCUUUUGUUCGCCAGCGGGGCCCGCCGUGCCGCCCGGGGGCCGGGGCGUGCCCGGGCUGCCGACGCCUGGCCAGCCUGGCCCCCGCGGGCGGGCGGGCAGCGGGGGCCUCCAGGCAGAAGGAAUCGGCAGUGACAUUCCCGUAGCCUGGAGACCGCCGUCCCUUUCAGCGGGCAGCCCAUUUGAAUAAGAAUCGUGUGUGUGUGUGUGCGCGGGGAAGGGGGGCCGCCGCCAUCCCAUCGCCGCCCUCGCCCCGGCUCAUUUCUGCACGCCCAGCCCGGGGGGCAGCGGGUCCCGCCAUCGCCCCCGGCCUCGGCCCCGCCGGACGCCGCAGGACGCCAGCGCCGGGGCCAGGCUUUGAUCCAGCGCUUGCGAGGCUGGGAGCGGGCGGUACCAGGAGAAAAGGAAGCACAAAAGGCUGUUCCAGCCUAAAUUUAACAGCGGGACCCCGGCCAGCCGCAGGGACGCCCUCGCCCAGCCGGCUCCGGUGCUCCUGGCUCCCCUCCCUGCCUGGCCCUGGCCCGGUGCUGGGGCCCCCCAGGGACACCGGUGACACUCGAAGGGAUGGAUCCGACCUGAGUGGGGCAGGAGGGGGCACGGCACAGCUUGUAUCAGGCAGAGCCGGUGGCUGUCCAUGGACCUCCUGGCACUUGCUCUCCUCCUGGCGGGGGUGCCAGCAGCAGGGGGCUGGCAGGAGCCUGACCUGAGCCACGGCUGCGCCCGCGGCAGCUGCUACCCGGCCACCGGGAACCUGCUGGUGGGGCGAGCCCCCAGCCUGAGUGCCACCUCCACCUGCGGGCUGGACGGGCCCCAGGAGUACUGCAUCGUCAGCCACGUCCAGGACUCGGAGAAAUGCUUCACCUGCGACUCGCGGGACCCAUCCCUGCUCGAGAGCCACCGCAUCGAGAACGUCAUCUACCUGAGCGGCCCCCAUGGCCAGCGGACGUGGUGGCAGUCGGAGAACGGCGUGGAGCAUGUCAGCAUCCGCCUGGACCUGGAGGGAGAGUUCCACUUCACCCACCUCAUCAUGAAGUUUAAGACAUUCCGCCCCGCGGCCAUGCUGGUGGAGCGCUCAGCCGACUUCGGGCGCAGCUGGAAGGUCUACCGCUACUUCGCCUACAACUGCUCCAAGCUCUUCCCCGGUGUCCCCGUCCAGCCCUCGGGGCUGGUGGAUGAGGUGCUGUGUGACCAGCGCUACUCCGAGAUCGAGCCCUCCAGCCACGGGGAGGUCAUCUUCAAGGUGCUGGACCCCUCCAUCCCUGUGGCGGAUCCCUACAGCCCAUCCAUCCAGGACCUGCUGCGCGUCACCAACCUGCGGGUGAACCUCACCAAGCUGCACACGCUGGGCGACAACCUGCUGGACACGCGGCGGGAGGUGCUGCACAAGUACUACUACGCUGUGGAUGAGCUGGUGCUGCGCGGGAGCUGCUUCUGCCACGGCCACGCCGCCCACUGCGCCCCGGCACCCGGUGUCCCGACAUCCUCCAUCCCCGGCAUGAUCCAUGGGCGCUGCGUCUGCGAGCACCACACGCAGGGGCUGAACUGCGAGCGCUGCGAGGACUUCUACCACGACCUGCCCUGGCGCCCGGCCGAGGGCUCCAGCACCAACGCCUGCCGCCGCUGCGACUGCAACGAGCACUCGCAGCGGUGCCACUUCGACAUGGCCGUCUACCUGGCCACGGGGAACACCAGCGGGGCUGUGUGCGACGGCUGCCAGCACAACACCAUGGGUCGCCGCUGCCACCUCUGCAAGCCCUUCUACUACCGGCACCCCCGCUCCGACAUCCGCUCCCCCACCGCCUGUGCCCCGUGUGACUGUGACCCGGCGGGCUCGCUGGACGGAGGCGCCUGCGAUGGGCACACAGACGUGGCGCUGGGCAUGAUUGCGGGGCAGUGCCGCUGCAAGGAGAACGUGGCCGGUCCUCGCUGUGACCGCUGCCGGCACGGCGCCUACGGCCUCAGCCAUGGCGACCCGCAGGGCUGCCAGCCAUGCAGGUGUGACCCACGGGGCACGGUGGCGGGCAGCUCCCCCUGCGACCCUAUCAGCGGGGACUGCUACUGCAAACGCUUCGUGGCCGGGCGCUCCUGCAGCGAGUGCGUGCCUGAGUUCUGGGGCCUGAGCUACGACGUGGGGGGCUGCCGGCCCUGUGCCUGUGACUUUGGGGGAGCCUACAACAACCGGUGCUCCAUGGAGGACGGGGCUUGUCCCUGCCGUCCCCACCUCAUGGGGCGGCAGUGCGACCAGGUGCAGCCCGGCUUCUUCUGCGCCCCCCUCGACUACUACACCUACGAGGCCGAGCAGGCCACUGGCCACGGCCAUGACCACCCCCAGCUCCCGGUGAGUCUCCUGGGGGGGUCCCUGCGCCCCCAGCCCAGGCUUGUGCAUGGCUGUCACCAUGCACCGUGCUCCAUGCAUGGCUGUCACCCUGUCCUGCAUGUGGCUGUCCCUGUGCAUGGCCACCCAUCCCUGCAGGGUGCCAUCCGGGCAGAGGUGCCCCAGGACUGCCUGGAGUACGACACAGGGGAGCCAGGGGGGCGGAAGGGGCGCCCACGGCACCAGCGCAGCCCCCCACGUCCCCCCCAGCCCCGUGCCCCCUCGCGCCGUAACCGCCAGCAGCCCCCCAAGCCGGAUGUGGAGGAGGUGGUGCGGGACGGCGUUGGGCGCAUGGUGACAUGGACGGGCUCGGGGUUCGCCCGGGUGCGGGACGGGGCUGGCCUGACCUUCCGCGUGGACAACGUGCCCUACCCCAUGGACUACGAGCUGCUGCUACGCUACGAGCCCGAGUCGACCGAGGAUUGGGAGGCUGUGGUCAGCGUCGGCUCCCGGGUGCUCCCCACCAGCCCUCGCUGCGGGAACCUGCUGCCCUCCGAGCAGAUGUACCGUGAGAGCCUGCCCCACAGCCAGAGGUACGUGCUGCUGUCCCGGCCCUUCUGCUUCGAGCCCAGCACCCCCUACGAGGUGACCAUGCGGCUUCAACGGGCCGGCGUCACCCAGCGCCACCCUGGUGCCUUCAUCCUCAUUGACUCGCUGGUGCUCCUGCCGCGGGUGUCGGAGCUGCCUGGCUUCCAUGGGGCUGAGGCGGCGGCGGCAGCGCGCCAAGAGGAGCUGGAGCGGUACCGGUGCCUGGAGGCGUUUCGCAUGGCCCCCCCGUCCCCCCUGGCCCAGGCUUGUGCCCGCCUGGUCUGCAGCGUCUCAGCCCUGCUGCAUGGCGGGGCGCUGCCCUGCCAGUGCGACCCGCAGGGCUCCCGCAGCAGCGAGUGCCAGGUGCAGGGAGGGCAGUGCGAGUGCAAGCCCCACGUCCUCGGCCGGCGCUGCGACCACUGCGCCCCAGGCAGCUACGGCUUCGGACCCCUGGGCUGCAGCCCCUGCGCCUGCUCCCCGGAGGGCUCGGUGUCACAGCUGUGCGAUGCGGUGAGUGGGCAGUGCCGGUGCCAGCACGGCGCUGUGGGCCGGCAGUGUGACCAGUGCCAGCCUGGCCACUGGGGCUUCCCCGCCUGCCGGCCCUGCCAGUGCAACGGGCACGCCGAGGAGUGCGACCCCCGGACGGGCAGCUGCCUGCACUGCCGCGACCACACCGCCGGCCGGCACUGCGAGCGGUGCCAGGACGGUUACUAUGGGGACCCAGUGCUGGGCUCGGGGCAGCAGUGCCGGCCCUGCCCCUGCCCCGGCUACCCUGGCACACGGCACUACCACGGGAGCGCCUGCCACGCCGACGAGGAGACCCACCACAUCGUCUGCCUCUGUGCGCCCGGAUACGCCGGGCCCCGCUGCGACCGCUGCUCCCCCGGCUAUUUCGGGAUGCCAGAGAUGGAGGGGGGCGCGUGCCGGCCCUGCCAGUGCAACAACAACAUCGACGCCAGCGACCCGGGGGCCUGCGACCCCCGCACGGGGCACUGCCUGCGCUGCCUGUACCACACCGCCGGGCCCCACUGCGCCCACUGCCAGCCUGGCUACUACGGCAAUGCCCUGCAGCGCAGCUGCCGGCGCUGCAGCUGCGACCCACGGGGGACCCUGGUCUCCCACUGCACCGCCGGCGCCUGCGCCUGUGACCGUGGCACGGGCGCCUGUGCCUGCCGGCCCAACGUGGUGGGCAAGAGCUGCGACCGCUGCGCACCCCACUUCUGGAGCCUGGGGGAGCUGGGGGGCUGCGAGCCCUGUGGCUGCCACCCCACGCGUGCCCUGCACCCCGCCUGCGAUGCGGUGACGGGGCAGUGCCAGUGUCGACCCGGCUUCGGGGGCCGCAUCUGCUCCCAGUGCCAGGAGCAUCACUGGGGAGACCCCGAGCGGGAGUGCCGAGCCUGCGAGUGCGAGCCGCUGGGCGCUGAGAGCCCGCAGUGCGAGCAGGCCAGCGGGCAGUGCCGGUGCCGGCCGGGCUUCGGGGGGCUGCGCUGUGACCGCUGCCAGCGGGGCUACCAGGAGGCCUUCCCCCGCUGCUCGCCCUGCCACCCCUGCUUCGGGCGCUGGGACCCGGCCCUGGGCAGCCUGCAGGACGGGCUGCGGCGCCUGGGGGAGCAGGCACGGGCGCUGCGGGAAGGGGGGUCCAUGCCCACACUCAGCCCCCGCCGCCUGCGGGCACUGGAGGAGGCCCUGGGGCGCGUGGAGCAGCUUCUGGGCGAGGGGGGCAGCCCCAGUGGCCCCCUCCUCAAUGGGCUGCCUGGGCGGCUGGAUGGCACCAGGACGGAGCUGGAUGACUUCUGGAAGCAGGUCCAAGAGCUGGAGCAACAUCUGGAUCAGCUGGCACAGGCAGAUGUGCGGCACUGCGACCGGCUGGCUGGGCUGAGCCACGAGCUGGGGGGUCUCAACCGAACCGCCUCCCAGCUCCAAAUCCUCCUCGGCACCGUGGCAGCGGCCGGAUUCAGCGAGUCUUACCGCAGCAUCCUGGGAUCCGCGGAGGACUCGCGGCAGGCGGAGGCGGUGGCCAAUGGCACGGCCGGUGAGCUGAGCGAGGCACGGGUGACGCGGCGGGCGGCCGAGCGGGUGCUACGGCAGCAGGGCGACGCUUUCCGCCGUGGCACCGCCGCGGCGCGGAAAUCCUUGCGGGAGGCGCAGAAACGGGUGAUGGGACUCAGCAUCACCAGGAUCAAUGAGAAGAUUUGUGGGGCUCCUGGGGACCGGGGCUGCGAGGAAGCGCCUUGUGGAGGAGCCUUGUGCCGGAACGGCACAGGGACACGACAUUGCGGUGGCACGGGGUGUGCGGGGGCACUGCCCGUCUCGGCUCGAGCCCUGAGCAGCGCCCGUAACACCUCACAGCAGCUGGAGGAGGCAUUGGGUCAGCUGGGUGUUGUGGCACAGAAGACGCAGGAGGUGCAGGAGCUGGCGCGGGGGGCGCGCAGCCGGGCGGAGGAGGCGCUGGGGCGCUCGCAGGCCGCCCGCAGCCGCGCGGAGAAGGCGACGUCCCAGCUGCGGGACUUCAUCCGACGCAUCAAGGCCUUCCUGGCAGAGGAGGGAGCCGACCCGGGCAGCAUCGAGCUGGUGGCCCGGCAGGUCCUGAACAUCUCCCUGCCCAGCAGCCCCGGCCGCAUCCAGGAGCUGCUGCGGGAGAUGCGGGAGAGCAUUGGCCAGCUGGAGGGAGUGGAUGCUGUGCUGAACAGCACGGCGCAGGGGCUGGCCGCAGCACGGGGGCUGCUGGCACAGGGACAAGAUGCCAGGGAGCGAGCGGAGGGCGUGAGGGAUGAGCUGGUGGGGACGCAGCGGGCACUGGAUGCAGCGCGGGUGCAGGCGACGGCAGCAGGGAGCGCCCUGCGGAGUGCCAAGGAUGCCAUCCGGGCAGCUGAGAGCAGAGCCAAGGAGGCGGAGCGCAGGCUGCAGGCGCUGGAGGGGAAGGAGUCUCGGGCACAGCGGCGGCUGCGGGAGCUGGCACGGCACGUCACCACCCUGCAGGAGCGGGGCCAGGAUGUCCGCCGUUUGGCCCAGCAAGCCAAGGAGGGGGCGCAGCGUGCCACUGCCGCCUCAGGGACGCUCAGCCAGGACCUGGCGCAGGUGACGCAGCGCUACGUGGUGCUGAAGGGCCGGGUGAGCGGGCUGGCCGGGGUGUCCGGCGGUGCCCUGCAGCGUGUGACACGGCUGACGGCGGAGGCCCGGGACCUGCUGGACAAGGCCAACAGCAGCAAGAGGAAGCUGGAAGAGCUGGAGCAGCACUUCGGGGCCAACGAGCGGGUGAUGGCGGCGAAGGCAACGCGACUGCAGGCGUUGGAGCAGCGUGUCUGGGGGCUGCUGGAAGAGAUCCGGGAGAGGGCCAACGCUUACGCCACCUGCUAGUGACCGGCCAAGGGGCCGGGGGCUGGAGGGUGGGACACGGUCCUGCUCCGCAGCCCCCCCGGCAUUGCAGCCCGGGGGUCCCGUCCCCUCGGCAGACGGCUGUAGCGUGGCCGCGCUUGCAAAUAAAACCCUGA